AUGCAGCCCUCCCCAUCGACGCCCGGGCCCCGACGCGCCGCAGACACCUGCCCGGCUCUUCCUGGACCGGAGCAUCCUACCGCGGCCAGGGCUCGGGCAGCUGCUUAGCUGGGACCGGCCUCGGCCUCCGGCAGAGCGCCCCGGGGCCUGGACAUGAGCGCCCAGGAGCCCCCGCAAGGUCGGAGAUUCCCCAUUGAGGCCGGAGACUCCCCUGGCCUUGCCGCCGCCCCCGAAUCCCAGGACAGCCCGGAGCCGGUAGCUACGGAGCACAACCCGGUCAGGCCGCUUCGACGCUGCCCCGGCUGCCACUGCCUGACACUACUGCACGUGCCCAUCGACGUCUACUUGGCCAUGGGCGGGAGCCCCCGGGCCCGCGCCACCUGAGCGCGCCUGCGCACAGCGGCUCCGCGGGAGCCGGGCGGGAGCGCGGGCUAGGCCCGCUGCGGGCCGCCACGCUGAGGUCGCGCGCGCCGAGCACGAGACAAUGAUGCACAUUUUAAAAUAAAAGAAUGAUGCACAUUUUAAU